UCCAACAUGGCAGCUAGAGUGGACGUUUCGCGGUGACCAAAACGCGCAACAUUUCAACAUUUACAACUCCAAAUACGCACUUUUACGCACAGGACAGAGACCAUGCGGGAGAGGCAGAGGAAAAAGAAGGGCCGGACGUGGGCAGAGGCGGCCAAAACGGUUUUGGAAAAGUACCCGAAUACACCCAUGAGCCAUAAAGAAAUCCUGCAGGUGAUCCAACGAGAGCGACUGAAAGAAAUAAGUGGGACGUCUCCGCUGGCAUGUCUGAACGCAAUGCUCCACACAAACUCCAGAGGAGAAGAGGGCAUUUUCUACAAAGUCCCGGGCCGGAUGGGUGUCUACACUUUAAAGAAGGACAGUGGGGACACGGUGAAGGAUCUGUCUGAGGACGGGUCAGAGGAAAGCAGCAGUGACACUCUGAGCGACUCCAGGAGCACAGAGAAUUCCAUCAGCCCCGAGCAGAGGAGGGGGAGGUGGAUGAGAAGAGUUCCCUCCAAGCUCCAGUCUCAGCCUUCGUCUCCACAGCCCCGGUGCUCGUCUCCCUCUGUGCCCACUGCCAAACUCCUCUCCCCAUCGCAGAAACACAGCAAGAAGGCGCUCAAACAGGCCUUGAAGCAGCAGAGGAACCAGCGCAGACAGGGAGCGAUGGGAUCUGCCUCGAGUCCAAGGCUUUUACUCAAAACCAUUAAAGACAUCACAAUGGCUGACAACAUCUCAACGAAGGCGGACCUGCGGCACUCAGUGGGAGCAAGAAAGGUGUCCCAGAGGAGGUUAAGUGCAGGUCAGAUAAAACGGACCAAGUGUAACAUCGACGUGGAGACUCCAGACUCGAUCCUGGUGAACACAAACCUGCGCGCGCUCAUAAACAAACACACCUUCAGCGUCCUGCCUCCAGACUGUCAACAGAGACUGCUCCGGCUCCUGCCAGAGGUCGACCGACAGGCUUGUAUGGACGGACUCCUGAAGGUCACCAGCUCUGCCCUAAACAAUGAGUUCUUCACAUCGGCGGCGCAGUCGUGGAAGGAGCGACUGGCAGAGGGGGAGUUCACGCCAGAGCUACAGCUUCGAAUGCGCCAAGAAAUCGAGAAAGAAAAGAAAAUGGAGAGUUGGAAAGAGGCCUUCUUCGAGAACUACUACGGAGAGAAUUCUGGACUCAGCUUUGAGGAAUCCAAAGAGCUGACGAAGGUCGAUCAAAAUCUGAAAACAUCCAAAACGCAAUCUCCUCUUCCUCCUCCUCUUCCUCCUCCUCCUCCUACUCCAUCGACAGAACCUACCAUUGCUAAAAGUCCUCAAACCAAAUCAGGGGACACUAAGGACAAUGAUGAGAAAAAGAAACCUGAAUCAGCUUCUUCUGCCGCCGCUAAAGACAUCAAACCUCCCUCCAAACCAUCACAAGAACUGCCCAAACCACCUCUUCCUGUUCUAGAACCGAUGCGAACCAGGCGAGCGCAACAAGCUGAAGACCGCAAAGCUAGCAUCGCCGCACAAUCCGCGUCACUCAACAAAACGGUAACAGAAGAAGCUAAGACGUCCAAAGAAGUUGAAAAGGUGACGCAAAGUGAAGAGAAGAAAGCAGAGCCACCUCCUCCACAACUAGUUUCUCCAAUCAAAGAACCUCCAAAACUUAUCCAAGAUAUCAAAAAAGAUGCAAAAUUAAGCCAAGAUGGUAAAAAGCAUGAGAAAAUUGUAUCUGUUAAAGAGUCUGCAAUGUUAAAUGAAGAAGCUAAAACAGAUCAGAACGUUCUGUCAUUGAUCAAAGAACCUACAGAAUUAAGCCAAGAGGUUAAGACAGAUCAGAAAUCAGUUUUGGAGAAAGAAGAAAUCACAAAAAUAAUUCAGGAAGUCAAAAAAGAUGACCCAGUGUCUGUGGAGAGAGUGAUAGAGCAGAAAGAGGAGGUGUUGGGGAGCGCUGAUGGUUGUAAACGUAAGUCUCUGAGUGAGACAGACAGUGACGUGAGUCCAGAGAAGAGGCAGAGGCUGUCGUCUUUUUCCUCUGUGUCCUCUGUCUCGUCUGUGUCUCCGCCCCCAACUUCCUCCAUCUCCAGCCCGGCUACGCCCUCUCCGUCCAGCCAGAGAGUCCCACCGCUGAAGAUCCACAAGUCUCGUAUCCACCCUGUGCCAGUGUCUCCGGGACAGCCCUCUCCUCGUGCCCCUCUCCCCGCCCCCCUCAGCAGCCCGGGUCGAACCGGAGCCAGAACCUUGGCCGAUAUCAAGGCCAAAGCACAACUUGCCCGUGCCCAGAGAGCUGCCAUGGCGGCCGCGGCGAGAACAGGAACUCAACCUGUGAAUUCUGGCGCCAGUUUGGACCAACCAUCUCCAACGCCAAGCCCGAGCCCUACAUCUCCACAAGCUCCUGUGAAGAUACCACAUACGAACAUCACCCCUCCUUCUCGUUCCUUCGAAGUAAAGACCUCACCUAGCCCCACGCAAAUCUCCAUCAAAGUCGAGCAAAAGGCAAGUCCGGUUAGCGUCCCAUGUAGCAGUUCGUUAGAGCAAAAUAUGACGGCGAUAUCGAAAGAGCAAAGUCAAGUUUCGCCAGUCGGAACGAGUAGAAACACGUCGUGCAUCCCAGCUAACAACCCGCUCGUAACCAAACUUCUCCAAGGCAAAGAGGUUCCGAUGGAGCAGAUACUUCCAAAACCGUUAUCCAAAGUUGAAGUUAAAAUGGCUGUGAAAUCUACAGGGACGAAGGCGAAGGGGACGCCAUUGGUUAGUGGGAAUAAUGUGGAAAAUAAGUCCGCGAUAGGAAGACAGGAGUUUAAGCAUCACAAGGAGCUUCCGGAUAAGGAAACCCAAGAGCAAAUUUUGCAAGCCUUGAUGCAGCGGAAAACCCAGCAAAAUCAACAGUUUGGAGGGUUAGGAUCACAACAUUUGAAGGCAACGCAAAUGGAGCACGCAGAAGAGAAGUUGACAAAAAUUGGAGUGGGAUUUUUAGGUUGCAAACGUAAACAAAAACCAGCAAUGACCGGACACUAUCUCUUAAACGUUUCGACGUAUGGAAGAGGGUCGGAUAGACAGAAGCAGCAAGCAAUUUCUAAUAAGUUAAAAAGGGAAAUUGGUGAAGCAGAGGGUGUGGGGAGAACUUUAUCGGGGGUUAAAACUGAACGCAAAACAGAGGAACUUCUUUGCGUAAGGAUUAAAAACGAACCAGGAUUCGAGGAUAGCGAUAAAAAUAAUAAUAGCAGUGGGAUCGCCAAAGAUUCAACCAGCCCUCAACAAAAGCACCUCAAUUUUAGCAACAACGCAGGAAGUUCAGAGCCAUAUUUGAGUCACCAGCAAGGUUUUCACAAAGACAAUCAACAAGCAGCGUAUAGCGGGUCUUACAGCAUGACUUUAAACAAUAACAAGGAUUCCGUUUUGGAUUCAAAUUCUUCCAACUAUUCGGAGACGGAUAGUGGACAGCACGGUAGCGUCAUGUCCUUUUCGGUGACCGUUACGACCAUCCCAGCCGGUAGGUCCAUGGACAGCAGCCAGGGGGAGCCCUCACCCGAACAGUCCUACAUAGACGGGCCCAAUAUGGAGGACGUGCAGUCGAAAUGCUACUGCAGACUCAAAGCUAUGAUCAUGUGCAAAGGGUGUGGAGCUUUUUGCCAUGACGACUGCAUAGGGCCGUCCAAACUGUGCGUGUCCUGUUUAGUGGUACGAUAAUUCACAAAUGUACAAAUAAUAUCUAAAAAUGUCUCUUUACAAUAUGGCUACCUUGUUUGUUAGCAUUACAGUUGCACAACACAAAAACCCUCUUUCUUUAGACAAUAUACUGUGAUUUUCCACAUUAAACGGUAGUCCUUUUUUUUCUAUUCCCAUGUGUCUUAGAUGUGUGUAAUCCUCAGUGCUCCAUGUAGGUUCCAUACAGCUCCACAUCAUUCUAAAGACAUUCAGGAAAACUUCAUAUCUGUGCCGUCAAUGGAACUUUUUUAGUAUCGAUACCUGUGAAAAAUGAGUUUAGUUUUAGUAUCGAUUAUUAUCUGAUUUUUGAUACUUUUGACACCACUUCUAUUCAGUUUGUUAGCCUGAAAAUGUUCCAAAACUCCUCUGGUGUCUUAAAGUUGGAGAUUGUAGCUAAAAUUACGAUGCAUUAGAAUAAAAAGGAAUAACUUUGGACCACUGCAAAACCGAAAAAAUAUGGUACAGCAUUUUUAAAGAGCAUUUUAUUUUAAGACACGACUUUUUAAUCAGAAAUGAAAUUAUUUUAACAUUUUAUAUUUAUAUAGUUUUAAAUUCAAUUUUUAAUUUUAUUUGUUUUUUUGUUUGUUUUUUUUUAUCAAAUGGGUAGCCAUAUUGUAAAGUUGUACUAAUAAAUAAUAAUAAAAAAAAACAUCAGGUCAUUUAAAAUACACUCCAAAAAACUACUAUCUCCAUGAGUUGAAAUGACUUUAUUUAUCUGCCUGACAGUGUUCUUAAAAGGUGCACUAUGUAACUUUUCUGGAAGGUCUAUCAAAUGCUUGUCUCCAUGGUGAUGUUACUCCUUUGUCUGGAAGGUUGUGCAGUAUGGCAUUACAUCUAUUUAGCUUUUUUUUUAUUUCUAGUGUCUUUUAUAAAUAUCUUGAAAUACAUACUUUCUUACUGUGAACAGACUUGCCUCUCCACAGAAUUGACCUGUAACCUUGUCCUCCUCCUCUUCCCUGAGAUAGAUCAGUAUAAAGGGCUCAUAUUAGACUGUUUUCUGUUAUAAUGUUCCUCAACACAAACACACUUGGAGUUGUGUUUUGUUUGAUUCACACAUGUUUCACACACAAACCUGCACAUUUAGACUGAGCUCUCUCAAACAGAAAACACUCUGUUCCACCUUGUGAUGUCGUCUGGUAAUACAGGAAGUGCUGAAGUGUGUCCGCACGCCUUCAUUAGAAUCAUUUGGAUGAUUUCAGCCCUGGAAUUGCCCAUUUAAACUAAGCUAAAUGUAAAAAGUAGCUGUUGAAAACCACCACUUUAUGACAUCACAAGGUGGAACAGAGCAUUUUGAGCUUUGGAGAUGUAGACAGACUAAUAAUAAAGAGUUAUUCAAAUGUGUGUGAAUGAAACAAAACACAACUCCAGGUGUGUUUUGAGACUCUGUUGACAUUAGAACUUAAACUCACAAGACUCACAAGAGUCAGUUUGGUGUAAUAUAAUACAGGACCUUUAAUGCCAUACUGUGGAACACACCAGACAAAAACAAAAACAUCUCUGCUGAUCGCCCACCAGAAAAGUGACAUAAUCCACCUUUAAAAACUCAAGAUUAAAACAUUGGAUGCUCCGAGUCAUUUGAACUCACGCAGAUGUUUCCUUUUGUAGUGAGAUCAUUUGAACGUCACAAUCAAGUCUAAAGAUUUUACACUGGAAAGACAAAAAUUAUAAUUCUUUUGUGCAAUUUUAGUAGAAUUUCAGUCCGUUUUCAAUCAGAUUAGCAUCGUAGCGGUGUGACGGCGUUAUUUGCACUUGGCUAGCGUUAGCAACUUAGCGUGGUCUAUUUUUUUAACUUUUAGAGAAGCGCGUUUAGUUUUUAUAAGAGGGAUCGGCGAAUGUGAUGCUAUAUUUCUAGUGCAUUUUGUUGUAGAUCGGACACUUUUCUUAAUUACGUAUAUUCUCGGCCUGAUUUUAAACGAAAACUCAAAGGGCGCUUGUGAUAAUCAGUGGUUGUUUUAUACAGUACCUCCUAUAGGUUGGGUUCACGCACAGACUGUAGUUAAGCAUUGAAGUCUAUGGUAGAAAUGGUAUUUUAACUGUAAAAAAUGCACAUUUUCAUUUAGUUCAUAUCUCUGGAAUUACUGGGCCUAUUCACGAGAAACAAAAACUGGCACAAAGUUCAAUGUCUUUUUAUCCGCACAAACAAACCUAAGUGAAAUUAUUUUAUCGCUAUAGCGCCAACAAGUGGUGUCUAUGCAAAUUGUAUAGACACAGUUAUAGAGUAUGGACUGAAGGCCUUGACUACAGGAGAAUUUUGGGGAGGCGUGACCCGAUUUUGUGUCCUCGUGUGCGGUUUUGUGUGCGCUCCUGCAGCAGUCUUUGCGAUGGGAGAUUUCAAAUCUCAUAAGAUUCUCCUCGUGUCUGUGGUGUGUGCGUUUUGUCGCACGUGUUAAAAACAUUUAAGACUGAAAAAUCCUGUAGUGUGUGGCAGCCUUUAGUUCAUGUUUCAUAUUUCUGUCAUUACUGGGCCUAUUCAUAUGAAACAAAAACUGUCUCAAAGUUCAAGGUAUCCUUUAGCAGCACAAGUAAACAUAAGUGAAACUGUUUUACCUCUAUAGCGCCAACAUGUGGUGAUAAAUGGCAAAUCACAUAGAAAUAGUUCUAAUUAGACCUUAAAACAAGGGAAAUGACAUGAUUUUGUAUUGUUGUUAUAAUAUUAUUAAUAUAACACAUCAUUUCUAUAAAAAUGAAACAAUACCUUCAUUUUAUAGAUUUUUGGAACCAUUUAUGAAAUAAUAAUUAGGAAAAAACAUUGUAAUUUUAAGUCUGUAAGUGUAUUUUAAUUCUAGUUACAUUGGCCUUUGCUUUCUAUUGACUGUGAACCCAACCUAUACUAAUGCAUGGCAGGGAAGUGCAACUACCAGUAAAUUCUUUUAUAUAAAGUCUGUACAUUUAUUAUAACUGAAAAUGCUUGUAUUUAAAAGUGUGAAUAUUUUAGACUUUUAAGAAAUAACUUUAUAAAAACACGAUUGCACACGUUUUUUCACAAUUACAGGUUCAAAGCACUUCUUAACCCCAGGGAUCUCAGACAGCAACUGUACAGCACUCACAUUUGAAAAUAUUUUAAUUUAAUUUCAAAUCUUAGUUGGGGAUUUUGAGUAGGGUUGCAUGCAGUGUUUUUUUUAAAGGGCCCAUAUUACACUGUUUUUCAUUUAUUCUAAUGUCGUUUCCUCAUCACAUCAACUCCAGGUCUGUUUUUGAAGAGGGAACAACAUUAUAACAUGAUUUAAAGCUCUCAAGAGAAAUAAAUCAUAAAUAUGGGACCUUUAAGGUAAUUGGACAAAAUUUUGGUGAAGAGGCAACUUGUAAACUAAAUCUGAAAUUUUUACAGUCCAAAGCAUGUUAGCUGUUUUGAGUGCAAUAACAAUUUGCAAUGUUGUCCUUUUAGCUAUUACAUCACACAUUAACAUUCCUAAAGCUUCACUAUGUAACUUUUCUGGUGUGGUUAAGCACCUCCUUGCCUCCAUGGAGCUGUAGCUGUUUGGACGUACCUGGAAUGUUCCACAGUAUUGCAUUACAGUUAAGUUAUCUUGCAUUAGUUAAACCGCAGGCGUUUAUGUAGCAAAAACUGGCUCUGUGGUGUCACUUUCUUGUCUCCAUAGAGUUAAGAUAAGUUUAGUAAUGCUUUAUUGCAGAACAUUGCAGGUAUUGCAGUAACAUCUCCAUGGAAACAACCUCACACCAGUAAAGUUACACAGUGCAGCUUUAAUCAAAUAGUACUGUUGCCGAAAACCAAGACCACACACGUUACGUUGCAUUCAACCCUGCUCAAAAUUCCAAGCUUGGGAUUUCAAAAUGUUUAUUGUCCUUUUUAAAAUUUGAUUUCAGAAAUUCUGAAGUGUGAAAUUUUUAAUAAUUUGUUUUUUAAUGUAGAUUCUGGCUCCUUGUUUGUUUUUAAUGAGGAACCUGGAAACACAGGGAGAGACUGUGAUCACUAAACAUGUGUCAUUUCCACUUCCAUUUGUCUCCAUCUGAGAAGAAUCAUUUACACUUGUUUCUAAUGUUUUGGUUUAGUUAUGAAAAUAAAAGAAAAAUAGAAAGUUCAGUUAUUUAAAUGCUUUAUACAGUUGUAGAGUUUUAUAACCAUUCAUGAUGGCACUAGGAUUAAAGGUGGAUUAAAGGUGCAUUGUGUAACUUUUCUAAUGAAAGGUCCAUCAGAUGCUUUUCUCCACCAGAACUCAACCAGAACUCAACCAGGACUCAACCAGGACUCAACCAGGACUCAACCAGAACUCAACCAGAACUCAACAAGAACUCAACCAGGACUCAACCAGAACUCAACCAGGACUCAACCAGGACUCAACCAGGACUCAACCAGAACUCAACAAGAACUCAACCAGGACUCAACCAGGACUCAACCAGGACUCAACCAGGACUCAACUAGAACUCAACCAGGACUCAACCAGGACUCAACCAGAACUCAACCAGGACUCAACCAGGACUCAAGCAGAACUCAACCAGGACUCAACCAGGACUCAACCAGAACUCAACCAGGACUCAACCAGGACUCAACCAGAACUCAACCAGGACUCAACCAGAACUCAACCAGGACUCAA